CUAGUAUGAUUACAGAUGCUUCCUUGUCACGUACGUCUGAGAUGGACAGUGAGCCAUAUUUACUUAAGCACGUCAGUGACGUCAACGAUUAAACAUCGCAUAAGUGUCCAAUUGCUCCAUAUGGCGAACAAAUCAGAAGUGAUGAAUCAAGUGAUUUUCAGCGAGGAAUUUAAUGGAAUUUUCAGCGAAUCCGUUCAUCCAGUGUUGUUGGAAGGAGGCACCGAAGAUUGCCAUGCAGAGAAGAUUGAAGAAUGGGUUCCCGAAAGCAGCGAGCAGGUUCUUGCGUGUUCUUGCUGCCGCGUCACCUUUCCAAGUAUGCAGCAGCAAAGGGAACACUACAAACUCGACUGGCAUCGAUAUAACUUAAAACAAUCCUUGCUUUCAAAAGUACCGAUAGGAGAAGAAGAGUUUAACUCGAAAACUGAAAAUGACGAAGUAUCAAGUAUAUCUGGCUCAGACUCAGAAGACGACGACCCAAACACUUUAGAUACUUUCGCAACAUCUCAAGGGAAGAUUUUUCUGCAGAAUGGCAGCGGACAAGUAAUUUCCCUGUAUAGGGGGGUGCUACUUGUGGACAAAAAGGAGGAGAUAUCUACAGUAAAUUUUUACCAACGCUACAAAGAUAAGUGUGGGCUCAACAAGCAGUGGGCAAUUAUAAUGUUGGGCGGGGGACACUUUGCAGCCGCAAUUUUUAACGGACUCAGCCCGAUACUGCACAAGACUUUCCAUUGUUACACUGUGCGAUCCGGGCAGGGUGGCACACAAUCGGGAAAAGAUGGAAAAUCGGGCGGGUCUCACCCUAAAAGUGCUGGAGCCUCUUUGCGGAGAUACAAUGAGCAGGCGCUCAACGAUCACGUUGGAAGUAUCCUCACUGCCUGGUCAGAAGAACUAAAAAACAGCAGCCUCAUAUUUUACAGAGCGUCUGGCCCCUACAACCGGGGGGUUCUUUUUGGGGAAAAGUCCUCGAUAUUAAAUCGAACGGACCCCCGAUUACGAACAAUCCCCUUUUCCACUGGAAGAGCGACUUUUUCCGAAGUGAAAAGAGUGCAUUCGGAGCUUUGCUCUUCCACUGUCUACGAGUCACUAAAUGAGGCAGCGAGCAGAUUUGCGAAGCAGAACUCACCGGAAAGGAAUGCCAAGAAGAAAAAAUCGAGCUGUAUUAACAGAGCGAAGUCCCGGGAAUUGGUUCAAAGGGCUCUGCCAGCUGAAUUGAGUCGCAGUUCUUCCGAAAGCAAUGCAUCCGAAGUCAACUUGGCCGAGCUGAAAAUAGAGAAUGAGGAUGAAUAUGAACUGAAUUGCGAAACGGUGAACAUCUCCUUUGAGGAUCUAGCAGAGUUCGGUGAUAGUUUAACGCCACAGCAAAGAAAAAGAGGACCGAACAGGAAAAAACCUAGGAAAAGUAAAAACCAAAAACUUCGAGAGAAAGAAGAAGCUCGCAAGAAAACCCUUAUAGACGCAUUAAUUAAAGGAAACCCGUUAAUUUUGGAAGAACUAUUUCAAGAACGGUUGAAGACCUUUGAACAAGGCACAAACGUGUCCAAAGCGGAACUCUCGCAAGAGGUUUUCAAUGAAAUUUUAGAUGAAGAUGGGAACAGCUUUCUUCAUUUGGCAGCCAUAAAUGAGCAUGAAGAACUACUAUUGUAUCUGUUGAACAAUGAAGGAGACCCGUGCUUGAAGAACAAGAAUCAGCAAACGCCUUACAGUUGCACUAGUAGUAAAGUUUCCAGGGACACGUUUCGAAAAUUCGCCAAGGACAAUCCUCAGAGACACAAUUAUAAUAAGGCCCAAAUUCCCGUUAACGCAUUGACAGAUGAAGAACUCGCAGAGAAAAGGCGUGCGCUAAGAAAAGUCAAAAAGGAGAAAGAAAAGGAAAAGAAGAAAGAAAAUCACAUCAAACAUCAAGAGGAAGAACAGAAAAAUCGGUUUUUGCAUUUAACCGACAGGGAAAAAAGAGCAUUAGCAGCUGAAAGACGAAUUUUGAAUUCCCAAGGCAAAGUGGUAGCCCGCUGUUUUCUAUGUGGAGCCGAUAUGGCCGGUAAGGUGCCUUUCGAAUAUUUGGAAAACAGAUUUUGCUCAAUCGACUGUUUGAAAGCUCAUCGAAUAAAAACGAUCAGUUGUUAAA